UGGACUCCUGUCUUGUCGAACAUUGCCAGAAGCAGUAGCAUUAAACCUGAAUUGGAAUCUUGGAAGGACACAUUGGAUACCCUACUGAUCUUUAUUGCUCUUUUUUCUGCCAUUGUGACUUCAUUUCUGGUUCCGGCAUUGGCGGGGCUCUCGCAGGACCCUGCAGAGCGUACGAACGAACUGGUUUCUAACCUUACAGAAGUCAUCAUCCAGCUCAGCCAGGGGCAGACAUCUUCAUUGGAUUUCCCGGAAUCGAUCCCGUUCAACCCAAACCCUGGUGUUAUUCGACAAGUUGUCUUCUGGACGCUUUCUCUCUUGACAAGUGUAAGUUGUGUCUUCUCUUUGAUAAAUAAUAAUAUCUUCCACUUUUCACCGCAAAUUUCUAGGUCUCCAUCGCAUCCCUAG